AUGCAAAUCACAACCACUUCUACUCGCCCAUUUGAGAAAAUAAGCCUAGACAUAGUAGGCCCAUUACCCGAAGCGGGUUUUCACAAACUCCGAUUUAUACUCACUCUCCAAGAUGAUCUAACCAAAUUUUCUACAGCCUAUCCAAUUUCCAACGUCACCGCAGAAGAAACAUGCGAAGCUCUAGUUCACUUCAUUUCAUAA